AUGUAUAAAGAAUUAACCCUUAUACAGCUGGAAAAUCUUAGCCACAACAUCUAUCUAUCUGAUUCUUUUCAUUAUCUGUCUAUCUCAUUCAUUUCAUUAUCUCUCUAUCUAUCUCAUUCUGUUCAUUAUCUCUCUAUCUAUCUCAUUCUUUUCAUUAUCUAUCUAUCUAUCUAUCUCAUUCUGUUCAUUAUCUAUCUAUCUCAUUCUUUUCAUUAUCUAUCUAUCUCAUUCUGUUCAUUAUCUAUCUAUCUAUCUUUUCUCCAUCUAUCAUCUAUCUAUCUAUCUAUCUAUCUAUCUAUUACAUUCCAUUCAUUAUCUAUCUAUCUAUCUAUCUAUCUAUCUAUCUAUUACAUUCUGUUCAUUAUCUAUCUAUCUAUCUAUCUAUCUAUCUAUCUAUCUAUCUAUUACAUUCUGUUCAUUAUCUAUCUAUCUAUCUAUCUAUCUAUCUAUCUCAUUCAUUUUCAUUAUCUAUCUAUCUAUCUAAUUCUGUUCUAUCUAUCUAUCUAUCUAAUUCUGUUCAUUAUCUAUCUAUCUAUCUAUCUCAUUCUUUUCAUUAUCUAUCUAUCUAUCUAUCUCAUUCUGUUCAUUAUCUAUCUAUCUAUCUAUCUCAUUCUGUUCAUUAUCUAUCUAUCUAUCUAUCUAUCUCAUUCUUUUCAUUAUCUAUCUAUCUCAUUCUUUUCAUUAUCUAUCUAUCUAUCUAUCUAA